CAAAGCCACUGUAUUCGGGUUAUCUUCAUAACGGCCAGAGGGCUGCGCUUGCAAAUCAGAGUUUUGUAGCGGUUCCACCCAUAACCCUCGUUCAGCCGAGCAUGGUUGGCACUCUGCCCUGACCCUGCCGAGCCUGCUCGCGUGCUCCUCUGACUUGUGAAGCUGAUAAAUGCAGCGCGUUGCAUCGCCUCCAACUUGUUUUCCUCCAGCUUCCACCUCUUGCACGGCUGUCCCACUCCAAAGCCCGGGAAUCAGGCGCACUUUUCUUCAGUGUUGGCCCUCUGAUGGAGCGGUGGUGCUAAAAGCCAAUUUGUCGCUUGCCCCUCUGACGCGUCCCCCUUGUCUAUCAUUAGCCAAAGUUUUUGUUGGUAGGAGGAGCAUGGCUUCCAGUAACCUGACGCCAUCAGUUGCGGACACGCCACCUCCUCCACAACCCUCCGACACUUCUCAACCUGAUCAAGAUUCCCGUCCAAACGAUCUGGGUACUUCGGCAACGCCACAACCUCAGAAAUCCCCUGGGAGCCAGCUAGAGCAGCCCCAAGCCAAGAAGCCAAAGCCAGGCAAGCAUAACACCAUGAAGAGGAGACCAGACGCGGAGGGGCGGCUUGCUUUGACGCACCGCCACCCUGACUUUGUCCUCCCAGAACUGCCGGCGGACGUUCACCCGAAGCCCUCAGACUUUCUGGACGAGGAGAGCGAGCGGAGAAUCUGUCCGCAGUGCAAAAGCAGCCGUUCCCUUUUCUGCUAUGAUUGCCUCCAGGUCCUGACGGAUCGCAGCAAAGUUCCCACUGUCAACCUGCCAUUCCACAUUCACAUCCUUUUGCAUGGAGAGGAACGGCGAAGUGCGGCAACCAGCGUCCACGCCGCCCUGUUGGCACCGGGCCAAGUGACCAUCUACGGAGGAAACCGCUUUCCGACAGCUUUUGACCCCUCUACUACGGCCGUCCUGUUCCCGUCGAGCAAAUCAGUGCCAGUCUCCGAGUUGCAAAUGGAGCGCCUCGAACACGUUCUUCUCAUAGACUCGAAGUGGAAGAAAGCCAAGUCGCUCAUCGAGGAUCCGCUUCUGAAAGGGCUGCCACACGUUCGCCUCGAGCCCGUGAAGACCGCUUUUUGGCGGUACCACACGAAAAACAUCACAGACGAGGGGGUGUCUACCAUUGAAGCUAUUUACUAUCUCUGCAAGCAGAGGCAUACGAAAGCCCACGAGGGCGGAAGUAGCGAGUGCCACUGCUAUGACGAUCUUCUGUUCUAUUUCGCACACAUAUAUCGCCGGAUAAGGAAGACCGGUGAGUCGUCUUAAAGAAUACCGCUGGGCUUGCCUGUCCGGCCAAAUCAUCCGCAUU